AAACACUAGCUACAGUGUUGGCAAUGCUGUCAAGCGGGUAGCGAGAACGAACCAUCACACUCAAUAAUAAUAUAAAUAAGCGGUUCGUGUGUGCGCGCUUCGCAUAUUCAUAUAUACACAUAUUAACAUAAAUACGUGUAUCAUUGAAAUAAUUAAUAGAAAUCUUUUUAAUACGCUUAAAAUAAACUCGUCAACAAUUCGUUUAUCUCUGUCGAUAUUUUGUAACUGUGUUCUACGCGAAGUUCCAGUUCCAGUUUACUCUGAGUCCGGCGCCGACCACUUCGCUUGUCAUUUUCGGCGCGGUUAGUUCUCAGUACGCGCUGGUGUGCGUGUGUGUAUGUGUUCGUGUGUUGCUACUCACAACGCGUGGUAUAUUUUGUUUAAUUUUUUUUUUUUAUGUUGCUCUACAAUGCAAUAUACACACAUAUGCACAUAAAUAUAUAUAGCCAAAUAUAUUUUAAAUAUAUAUAGAUAUAGAUAUAUAACUGACAACGAACAUGAAAAAACACUAAACAAAAAUAAAUCAACAAACACCAAUCAACAGUCAAACCAAAAAUCCCUUAAAAAAAAAAAAAAAAAAAAAAAAAAAAACCCAACAGAGGAAGCCGCCUCGUCUAUACUCACACACAAAUUCCUGUUCAACUGCGGCACAAACAAACAAAAAGAGAAGACCGGAGAAGCCAACACCAGCCGCAGUAAAAAGACACAAGAAAAAGUAACAGCAGCAGUAAGAAGAGAACCGAAGGGAAUUUGAAACAUGGACAUAAUCAAUAAAUUCACCAAUGCAUUUUGGAGUACGCACAUUUGGCUGCCGCCAAAUACGACAUGGGCGGACAUUGCGCCCGGCUCUCGUCCAGAUGUUGUGCACGCCGAUUAUCGGGAUUUAAUUUGGCCCAUUCCAUUAGCCGCUGUAGUUAUGCUUGUGCGUUACACAUUGGAGCGCUUUUGGAUAUCGCCAAUCGGCAAAUCGCUAGGCAUACGAAGCUCUAGACCUAAGAAAGCAGCAAAUGUUCCUACAUUAGAGUCAGCAUAUGCGAAAUCUUCGCAUUUGGAUCAUAAAUGUCUGGCUCCGCUGGCCAAGCAGACAGACAUGACCGAGCGUCAGAUCGAACGCUGGUGGCGCCUGCGUCGGGCACAGGACAAGCCAUCGACAUUAGUCAAGUUCUGCGAAAAUACAUGGCGAUGCAUCUAUUAUCUAUAUAGCUUUAUCUUCGGUGUAAUUGUGCUGUGGGAUAAGCCCUGGUUCUGGGACGUGAAGAGCUGCUGGUAUGGCUAUCCACAUCAGUCUGUUAGCAACGAUAUCUGGUGGUAUUAUAUGAUAUCGAUGUCCUUCUAUUGGUCACUGACCGCCACACAGUUUUUCGAUGUGAAACGCAAAGAUUUUUGGCAAAUGUUCAUACAUCACAUGGUUACACUGCUUCUCAUGUCCCUAAGUUGGGUAUGCAAUCUACAUCGUGUCGGCUCCCUGGUGCUGGUCGUGCACGAUUGUGCCGAUAUAUUCCUGGAGGCUGCUAAACUGACCAAAUAUGCCAACUACCAAAAGGUCUGUGAUGCGAUCUUUGCCAUCUUCACAGUUGUCUGGAUUGUCACACGCCUGGGAUUCUAUCCGCGCAUUAUCUAUAGCUCCUCUGUGGAAGCGCCGCAAAUUCUGCCCAUGUUCCCAGCCUAUUAUAUAUUUAAUUCGUUGCUAUUAAUGCUGCUGGUGCUGCACAUCAUUUGGACCUAUAUGAUUCUAAAGAUUGUAGUCGACUCUUUGCAAAAGGGUCUGAUGUCCGGCGAUAUACGUUCCAGUGAUAGUGAGGAUCUCACAGAUAGUUCAGGCAAUGUGCGCGUUGCUAAUGGCUCGACGCGCACAAAACCCAAAUCUGGCAACUCUGCGUUAACAGCAACAACAGCCGGCGGUGGAGUUGCCCAACGUAAGAGAGGAGGCAACACUAGUAAUAAUCACACGGGUGAUGCAACGACAGCGGCAAAGUAAACAAAUAUCGCAUUGUUGCCUGGAUAUGUAAGCGAGAGAGAGAGAGAGAGAGAGUGAGGUGGAUUGGAAGUGGCAGCAGUGCUAAUCGACAACUGUAAAAUGAGGAUCAACAGAGAGGGAAUGAAAAACAACAGAAAAACAAAAGCAAACACAAAAACCAA